CAGCCCGCCUCCGCCCCAGUCUCCCGCCCGCAAUCCUGGCAGCAACGCUUCUCCAAGCGCAGAUCACUCCUCAUCCAACCAACCAACCGCCUGUCCUACGUCUCCGAACAAUACGCACGCUCCGAAAGCCGGCUCUCCGAGCCCAUCGACGAGAGCCGCGAGGACGAAGACGAGGACGAGUUCACCGCAUACGCAACGGCGGACCAGGCCGACGAGACCAUCCGCCGCCCAGUCUCCUCGCUCUCCGCCACACAGCCGCGGCCCGAAUCGGUGCUCAUGACCCCAGUGCACGCGAUCGCGACGCCGCGCCCGACGCUGCUCUUCGCGCUCGCGAGCGACGACCUCGCGGAGGUGCGGCGCGUGCUCGAGAGCGGGGAGGCGCGCCCGAACGACGACGUGGGCCCGCAGUCCGCGCUCGCGUUCACGCUUGCGAACGGGCAGCUGAAGAAUAAGGUGGCGAUGGUGAAGCUGCUGCUCGCGUAUGGGGCCGAUGCGUCUGCGCUCCGGGAUGUGGAGGCAGACGAGGGCGACGGGCGGGCGGGGAAGAGGGGGUCUCGGCCGAUGUCUAAGUUGCUGGAGGAGGCGGACCCCGCGACUCGGUACUAUAUCGAGCGGGCCAACUCGCCGCAGACUCGCCGUACCUCUGCCCUCAUACACCGCUCCUUCUUCCGUCCGUUGACGCGGGUCCGGUACGACCUCGUCGGGCAGGACAGAGUCAUCGAGCAGCUGUUCCGUGUGCUCAGUAUGCCUUCCAUGGCUCCCAUCGUCGUCCUGUUGUGCGGACCGAGCGGGCACGGGAAGAGUCUCCUGGCGCGGAAAUUCGGAGCGCUCCUCGACGUACCUACGCAUACCGUCAAUAUGACAACUCUGCAGGACACCCGCGACAUUUGGAAAAGCCACUCGAUUGAUCCCCACGAGGAGCCUUCCGACCGUUCUCUCAAAGAUUUCUUGAUGGAGAACGAGGGGAAGCGUUGUGUCGUUGUCCUCGAUGAAAUCGAGAAAGUGCAGGACGAGAAGAUCCUCUCCUCCCUACUCAUGCCAUGGGAGUACGGCCGCUGCUCUUUUGAAGCAGGCCAUCGGCACGUUGAUGUAUCAAAGGUGAUCUGGCUCGGCACCUCAAACAUCGGUCACGAUCUCGUAUUCGAGCAUCAGGACAGCCGGCCCGCGCCCCAGACACAGCUCUCCAGGGAGGAGUACAUCGACCUUAUGGCGCUCCUGCGGCCGCGCGUGUCGGACCGACUCGGGGCGUCCCUGCUCUCGCGCGUCACAGUCGUGCUGCCGUUUGUCGCGUUCACCGCCGAGGAGAAGCUGGCGAUUGCGGCCGAGGCGCUGUACGCGCUCGCGGGGGAGGGCGCGGCGACGAUGCCGCCAGCCACGCGCGAGAAGAUUGUGCGCUCGUCGAUGAACUCGUACAUCCCAUCCGAGGGCGCGCGAUCGCUGUACCGUGCGGUGUCAUCGCAGUUGCUGGACACGAUCUAACAGCCCUCGAGGGCCGCCGCAGUGGGGGCCCAGCCUCGAACUCAAAGACGUCACGCAUCAGCCCACGGUUCAAUCGAGGAUCUUGCGGAGAAGGCUUCGCAGACGAUGGGACCUGGGGGGCAGGUCGCCGGAGGCGCGCAAGAACAUCGGCGAGCAGGAUCAUAGGAUGGCGCCGACGGCGCCAGUGACGGCGUGGGAGGACGACCCCGGAGAGUGCGUCGCCCGCUAUUCCGCCGCGCUACCGCCUGUAACUAUCUGCAGCGGGUGGUCGUGAUGGAGACGGGCUUGCUGCAGUGCACAGAGCUGUAUACUGUCGUUUUUGCAGAUAAUUCAUCAGGGUUUCAGGUGCAGACCGUGAUGCGCUCGCAGUGGCCGGGGGGCCGACGCACGGCACUCGCUCGCGGGGUGAAACCUGGAUGUACUGCUCGGUAUGCGGAUGAG